GGUUUAUUGGUUUAUUGUUUUUAGUACCUUGACUGGACAAAGCUUUGACCAGUAGGUAUGCCACAAAGUGAUAUUUUUCCUGUAGGGAAAGGGAAAAGUAAAAAAUCAGACAACCAUCAAAGGCUUAGGACAAAGUUAAACUAAUCACUAACUGUCGUUGUUAAGACAAGACGGUAAGGAACCCAAUCGGCCAGACCAAAUAGAGUACCAAAGAAACAAGAAUCAACACCGCUAAGAACAUUGAGAAACCAAUGGCUAAAACACGAACCUUACCUAGAAAGAAAAGAAGUAACAAACGAACGGAAAUAACAGUAUUGUCUCGUUUCUGUUGUUAUUCUUUUUGCAUAAGGUUCGACAACAAUGGAUACACGUCAAAGGCGCGGCCUGCUUGCUUGCUGGAUUCAUAAUAAGCUUUCAUAGAACGAACUCGAUGGCUGCUUCUGUUAAUGUCAAACGUAAGAGGAACAUAUGAAAGAUAAAAAGGAAACAUGAAAGGAAGGUAAAAAGGUAGAUUCUUAAAUAGACAAAGGAGAAAACCUAACUUUUGCCAAUGACUGGUAGAAUGAGUCAUUCGCUUAUUCAUAGUACAAAUUGCUUAUCUUUAGACAUGUAUUCAAUCAUAAAGUGUUCACUUUGUUAACAAUGGAAGAACCGAAACCGAGUUUCCUAUAUCCAGCGUGAGCCAUUGUGUUGGAAUUAUCUUACCAACCCAUAAUUUCCAGUCUCUUCUCAACCUUAUCGUGAUUAAAGGUUCACUCCCUCGUUUCUAGAUGAAAUCGGUUUGCAUUCCACGGUAAGCCUCGUUAAUGCAUGGAUUCCGUUAUCGUAAAGAAGCUUCUUAUACGAACGUAUAUCAUACUAUGAAAGGCCUGUAAAAAAAUCAUGGCCGUCUCUGUUUGUCGCUUCGUCAUUUCCUUAAAUUUUUUUUAGUUUUCUGAUUUCUCUUUCUGUUUAUCCAGAAUCCUGCUUCUUUAGAAAGGUACCGUUUGCUUCUUUUACAGAGAAGCUAGGAAAUUCGUAAAGCACUCUUUUUUUACCAGCUACUCACGUAUGCCCUUACAACAACUGCUAAAGACAUUAUGUGCGAUUUUUGAGAAUGAAGAGACUGGUGGAAAUAAAGACCUCUCCGAGUUGACGGGGCAAGUAGAAGCGUACCAGCUGGAAUAUCCGUCGCCAAACGCUACCAAUUCCCAAAAAAUCCGUGAAGUCCUCAGCCAACUAUACGAAAAAAUUCCCUUCAACAACACGAAGAGACGCGCAUUAUGGCUUGCCGUCUUAAAGACUGUCCUUCCAUUGCUAAUUCUUCAUCGUCAAGCCAUUGGCGAGUGGUGGGACCAGAUUUUCCACCCGUUCAUGAAUUCUCCAACGCAAAUCAAGCCUAUUCUCAAUGACCUUAAAUCAAUUCUUUUCUAUAUUUUGAUUUAUCACGACGAAGAUGAAUGGGGGAAAAAUGUCCGCCAACAAACCGCGACAGAAAUUUGCUACCGUUUGGUAAAUCUUUAUCUCGAAAAUGCCAUUGAAAUUUUUAAAAACGUCGAAACUCAAAACCGAAGAAGCCAAACUUUAGACUGUCUUACCGACAUUUUAACAUGCUAUGGUGUGCAACGUCCGAAAGAACUGGCCCUUUGCUUCACUAAGUUCUACUCCAAACCGCGAAACCGUAUUCCUAUCCUUUCUGUCAUGGUUAGCAUUGCUCGUCGACAGGGUCCUCGUCUUUACGAAAUACCUCAAACCGGGUUUUUUGAUUGCGUAUUAAACAGCCUUGACUACGAUUGCUCUCCUAUUGCCCUAUCUUAUUCCCUUUCCUUUGUGAUAAUGAUUCUUCCACAUAUCUGUAACGAUUUGGGAAAUUUACUCUACCGCUUGUUUUGUAGUUUUCUUCGUCUCUCCAUGAUUGACUCCUUCACCGGACCCCCUAAAGCUUCUACCACCAUUGACUGGGAAGUCCUUCCUAAUUUUGUCUCCACCUACGCUACCUCUUCUUCUUCUUCUCCCUCUCCCUUUUCUCCUCACGAGAAAGCCAACUCGAAUUUAUCCGAUACUUUUCGUUCUGAGUACUUCAGUUCUCUCGAGUACUCUCAGUUAUUCACCUUUCUUUACGCCCUUUUUCCUAUCAACUUUUUAGAAUUCUUACGAGAUCCAGCGAACUAUGCUGCCAUUCAUGGAUUCACUAUUCCUCAUCGUUUUAAUUCGGAAGUUAUCCUGUCGAAAUGUAUACCUCUCUUAUCUAGUCAUCUCUCACAUCAAAACUUCUUAAGUUACACUUCUUCUUCAGAAUUAUCUGAUAAAUCGAGAUGGAAGAAACUUGAUUCUACAGCCAUUGUCGCGCUUUGUAAUAGUCUUAAUGGUAUGGGAAUGACCGAAAGCAACGCGGAGUCAAGUUAUAACCAAUCCGCACGCCCUUUUGAAGACAUAGGACCUCCAACAGGCGUUUUAGCUUAUCCUAACGAAAAUCAUGAUAUUUGCGCAGAUUCCCUUUCUGUAUCUUGGCACCAGCAACUAUCCGCUCCUAAUUCAAUAAACUCCAGCUUUGCUCUUGAACCUACUGAUUUGAAAGGCGUCGUGCAAGCCGCCGCAGAUGAGUCUUCUGAAAAUGAUUCUCAACGUGCUUCAGUGAGCGAGGCUUCUCCUUUCUUUCACGGGAACGUUAAACUGGUGCCUAUGGUAUCUGAAUCCUCAGAAGAUCUUCCUUCGAAUACAACUACGCUUUUACUACGAUUGCAAAGAGAACUUCUAUUUUUAAAAAAUGAGUUAGACUUUGAGAAGUAUAUGCGACAACAGCACAUUCAAAAUAUAAGCAAACUACGACGUGAGCACGUCCAAGACAUGGCUGUUGAAUCUGAAAGGCAAAAGCUACUUCUUACAAACAAACGCUAUAAGGCACAAAUUGACGUGUUAACGCAAGAGUUAGAACAGCAACGUACCGAGUCUCAUGCCGCUUUAAAUCGCAGAUUUCAAUGGGAAACAGAUUGCAACAACAAAUUGAAAGCUUUUCGGGAGGAACGAAAGGCUUGGAAAUCGAAGGAAGAAAAUUUGUCCUCUAGUGUGUUGUCGUUGACUAACCGACUAAGCACGUUCGAACGAGCACAAACAGAAAUUGCAUAUGAAAAAAAUCAGCUAGAACUUCGCGUUCAGCUAUAUAAGUCAAAACUUGAUGAAUUUGAGCAUCAUAACAAAUUGGUGAACUUACCAAACAGAAAAAAAGAAGUUUCUAACGAGUUUAUGGAUAGUGCAGCUAUGGAAAGUAGCACCAUUUUACCAAAUUCGGUAAUUAGUGAGGAUCACGAGAAAAGAAUGAUCGAAAGUGAACAGCUUUGUGCUAAUCUUAAAUCGGAAAAUCUACACUUACAAAACAAGAUAGAUCUUCUUACCAAAGACUUGGAAGCUCUUAAUAUUGUUUGUGAAGCCAAAAUUUAUGAUCUGGAAAAGCGGUUAUCUUCUCAAGCAACCGUCCCAGAGAUUCAUGGUUCAUUCAAUGCGAGAAUUGAUGAUUACUUUGCACGAUAUACCGAUGUGAAAGAGAAAUAUGAUGAACUAUUAAAGAAGUUUAGGAAUCUUGAAAGUAAAUUCCUUGAUUCACAAGCUGAAUUAGAAGAGUUGCUUAAUUUUCAGAAGCCGCUUGAUUCAACUAGUUCAGUAACCAGCGGUUCUGGAUUCACCGGAAUAUAUCAUGGUAGAAUGUUAAUGCGAAAUGAAUCUUUGCAAUCACGAUUAAGCCCUUCACGUCGAUCUACUGAUACAAAUUACCAUUAGAAUAAAUUAUAUGUAUAUAUGCAAAUUCUUUAUAUGUUUCAAAUUUACGUUCGUUUAUUUAAUUAAUAAAAUUGCAAGUUAAUUUACACUAUAGUAACAAACCUUGAAAGGAAGAAGAAAAAUGAUACGUUAGAGGAUUGUUUAUUGGAAUCGUCUUCUCUUUUCAUCUCUACCAGAACGCAUUGAUGGUCUAUCACGUUGUCGCUCUUUCUGUAAACGAGAGUCUCGUUCUCUUCUUUCAUCUUGUCUCAUUCGUCUAUUAGAACCGAUGUUCCGUUGUUCAUCUUUCCUACCCUCAUCAGAAUGACCAGACACAGGAGUAUGAGCGGAUCUAGCUUGUCUUUCAGAAGACUGACUGGAACCUCGAGGACCAGAAUCAUUUCUAUCAUUACUCCUAUUGUUUUUACCAUUUCUGUUGGAUCUUGAUGAGGUUUGAUGACGAGCUUCUCUGUCAUCAUCGUCUCUGGUUUUGAAUCGACCAAAAUCAGAAGAUUCAUCAGUAUUUGCCUCUGUUCGCUUUUGACUUUCAUUAGAACGAGCAUUCCGAUUUUGGGAAGAGGUGGAACGCCAGCGAUCACCUCUAUUUUCAUCUUCAGGCCUCGUUUCUCUUUUUGGUGGAUCACGUUUUGUAUAACGUGAUGAAUUCCUUUCAUUUUCUUGUGGCCCACGAGAUUGGGGUUUCUCUAUAUUUCUCGUAUAUGUGCCUCUGAAUCUCCUUUCGCGUUCCCUCUCUUUUCUUUUAAAUUCCUCGGAUUGCGACGUUUUGGAGCGUUGGCUGCGUACACCUUCUGGACUUUCGGUUGCUGAACUUUUCUCUAGCACUGCAGGUCUAACCGUUUCAUCAAAGCCUGUAUCGUUUGUAGGCUUUUUCUCAUUCUGGUCAGUCACCACAGAAGCCAUAUUACCAGCAAUUGGACUUUUCGUUUGUCGGUUCUCAGCCUUAGGAACAAAUUCUGCAGCACUAGCGUUCAAGUUUGAAGCGCCCGUAAUGGUGUUAUCCGGACCUUGAGAUUUACUGACUAUAUCAGCUGAAGUAUGCUUCUCGGUAACCGCGGUUAGAUCUUUGGGUUUCACAGUCCCCGAGAAUGUGUUAAAUGAAACCCAGGUGGUCUCUUUUUUACAAAGCUUAGCAAAAUAACCUAAUGCUAAUAUUUUUAUAUCUUCACGCUUCUCAUUUUCUUUAAGUUUCUCAGCCGCUUUCUUCAAUGAUUGCCCACUUUCUUGAAUCAAAGGAAAACAUGGGAGUAGUUUCUCCAAGAUGAUUAUUGCAUUGUAAAUAUGCAUGUACUCCCCGGACAAUAAACAAUGCUCAAAGUAUUGUGUCAACUGUUUGUGCCAUUUACUUACAAGGAGUAUAAACUUGCUAUGCGGCAGAAGAGAGUGAUUAUUUUCGUCAAGCCAAUCAACUCGGAAACCAGUAAGCGAGCCAUUUCCUAAACAUUCUUUUUCAUACGCAUUUUUAUCUUCGUACCAAUUUGUCACGUCGCUUAAUAUUUCAAAAAGAAACCUAGAAAAGCUAUCCGAUUCUCGAGGAGUUAAUGCGAAAAUGAAAGACGGAAGAUGGGAAUCAAAGAGCUUGUUGAGAAAAGAUAUGGUAGAAAAGUUAGGAG